AUGGGAAGCGGAGACUCCAAACUGCUCUUCAGAAAAGCAGUAAUCCAACUUACAACUAAAACACAGCCUGUGGAGGCCAACGAUGAUGCAUUUUGGGACCAGUUUUGGUGCGAGACAAACACCACGGUUCAGGACGUGUUUGCUCUGGUCCCAGCUGCAGAGAUCAGAGCCGUGAGAGAAGAGUCCCCGUCCAACUUGGCAACCCUCUGCUACAAGGCGGUGGAGAAGCUGGUGCUAGGGGCUUCAUGUGGAGUCCCGUCGGAGCGAGAGAGACAGGUGGUUUUGAACUGCACUCGUUUACUGACCCGGAUCCUGCCCUACAUCUUUGAGGAUCCCGACUGGAGAGGGUUUUUCUGGUCCACGGUGCCAGGAGCAGGACGGAAUUUGGACGAAGAGGGAGAAGACGAGGACCAGUGUCGCCCUUUGGCUGAGUCCCUGCUUCUCUCCAUCGCAGAUCUCCUCUUCUGUCCAGACUUCACCGUCCACCGCCACAACAAGAGCGGACCUGACUCGGUCGAGGAUAUUCAGUCAAUCGACAGCUGUGAGUUCAUUUGGGAGGCAGGAGUCGGGUUCGCUCAGUCUCCUGCAGUGAACUACAUCCACGACCAAAACAGGACUGAGUUGCUGAAGUUGCUGCUGACAUGUUUCUCGGAGGCCAUAUACAUCUCUGCUUUGUCAGAGAAGAAAAACUCAAAUCCAUGGGUGACAUUUUUCUCCUCCUCAGAAAACAGACACGCGUUGCCGCUCUUCACGUCGCUUCUGAACGUGGUGUGUGCCUACGACCCGGUGGGACUGGGGCUGCCUUACAACCACCUCCUGUUCUCUGACGUGAGGGAGCGGCUGGUGGAGCAGGCCAUUCAGGUGCUGAUCGUGACCCUGGAGCACGAGGGCAGAACUGCGGCCUGUUCAGCUCUGCAGGCGCUGGAUACGAGCAACGCAACGGAGCAGCAAGAGCCUUUAAGACCAGAAAACCUCUUUGUGAACUAUCUCUCCAGGAUCCACAGAGAAGAGGACUUCAGUUUUAUCCUCAAAGGCUUGGCCAGUCUGUUGAACAACCCUCUGCUCCAGACCUAUCUCCCAAACUCAACCAAAAAGAUCCAGUUUCAUCAGGAGCUGCUCAUUCUGUUCUGGAGACUCUGCGAUAUAAACAAGAAAUUCUUGUUUUUUGUCCUGAAAAGCAGUGACGUUUUAGAGAUGCUGGUCCCAAUACUUUUCUAUCUGAAUGAAUCCAGAGCAGACCAUUCUAAAGUGGGUCUGGUCCACAUCGGUGUGUUUAUUCUGCUGCUGCUCAGUGGAGAGAGGAACUUUGGGGUCCGUCUGAACAAACCGUACACACUCCGAGUCCCCAUGGACGUCCCCCUGUUCACCGGGACACACGCCGAUCUGCUCAUAGUGAUUUUCCAUAAGAUCAUGACGUGUGGACAUCAGCGUCUGCAGCCGCUCUUUGACUGUUUGCUCACCAUCAUCGUUAAUAUAUCCCCGUAUCUGAAGAGUCUGUCCAUGGUGGCUGCGUCCAAACUGCUGCAUCUGCUGGAGGCCUUCUCCACGCCAAGGUUCCUCUUCUCCUCCUCCCAAAACAACCACCUGGUCUUCUUCUUGCUCGAGAUCUGCAACAACAUCAUUCAAUACCAGUUUGACGGGAACAGUAAACUAGUCUACUCCAUCAUUCGUAAAAGAAGUGUUUUCCACCAGCUGGCCAACCUCUCAUGUGACGACAAGUCCAUCCAGAACUUUGUGCAGAGGAAGAAGAAGCAGUCGGGACUCAGCCGGACCAGCUCCAUAGAGACUCAAAGCUCUGAGGUCCACAAACGGGACGUCCCACCAGAGCAGGGCGCGUACAAAGCCAGUCUGGAGGCCAUGCCAGGUAUAGAUAAGAUCACAGAGACGUCUCAGGUGGGCGCAGACGGGACCCUGAUCUCUGUCCAGGCGAGAUCCAACGCGGCCAGUGACACAGAGUCCAACUCAGAGAGAGACAUGGAGAUUGAACUAGAAGCCUCUAGAAGUCGACUCUCCAGUGUUUCUUCAUCUACUGCAUGGACUCCCUCCUCAGACUGGGCUUUGUCGUGGAAGUCCAAGCUCCCUCUGCAGACCAUAAUGAGACUACUUCAAGUCCUGGUUCCACAAGUUGAAAAAAUCUGUAUUGACAAGAGUUUGACGGAUGAGACCGAGAUCCUCCAGUUCCUGCAGCACGGGACUCUGGUGGGACUGCUGCCGGUGCCACAUCCCAUCCUGAUCCGGAAGUACCAGGCUAACGCCGCCACCACGGCCUGGUUCCACACCUACAUGUGGGGAGUCGUGUAUCUGCGAAACAUGGAUCCUCCCAUUUGGUACGACACAGACAUCCGACUCUUUGAAAUUCAACGGAUCUGA